AAGUUCGACCUCCGGGUUGAAGACCUUGCGCACGAGGGCGCUUCAAUCUUCUUCGAUGUUAUCAACCCUAUCGCUGCGCUCCGAGAAGCCCUAACCGCCAGCUUCAAGUGGUUAUACACCCCAGAGACAGCACCGACGAAGUACGUACUCCUUAUGAUUCUGCUAGUCCUCAAGCCUAUGGAAGGCGUCGCGCACACCUUUGGGACGCAGUCGCAUAAAGAGAUUCACUUUUCUUUAGAUCACAUCGUCAACUGCAAGAAGCGUGCACGGGAGGAGAUCAUGGGCGUCCUCGUACACGAGGUCGUGCACUGUUACCAAUACAACGCACUUGAUACGUGCCCUGGGGGCCUUGUUGAAGGCAUCGCAGACUUUGUCCGCUUGCACGAAGGACUCGAACCACCACACUGGAAACGGGCUCAUACGGGAGAGUGGGACGCGGGGUAUCAAACGACGGCGUAUUUCUUCGAUUGGAUCGAGCUUCGCUAUGGGGAAGGAACGAUACGCGAGCUUAAUGAAUGGAUGAAAGAGAGGAAGUAUCACCGGAGGGUGUUCAAGGAGCUCACGGGGAGGCCUGUUCGCAAGCUGUGGAAGAUUUAU